AUGUCCUCGGUAUUUGGAAGCCAGCCCUCACGCUUCAGUCCUCCCCAAUCAGCACAACCGUACAGAUCGUUAUUCGGAGGCCCAAGUAGCCAAGAUGUGGCUGAUCUGGAACUGUACCCCGAGACACAAGAGAGCGGAGAUCGCUUGGAUCAGCAUGAUUCAGACGUUGACAUGGAAGAGGUUCCGUUGACUGAAAACGAUCACUCAGAUGACGAGACGUAUGUCGAAAGUGAGGACGACGGUUCUGUGUCCGACGAUGAGGCGAGCAAUGAUGGGGAUUCGCACAAAUUAUCGAAGAAGAAGGCCGCAAUAGUGGCUCCGCCUAGCAAGCAACACCCUGACAGUCCGCCGUCAUCGCCCUCAUACAGACCUAAUAGGUUCCGUGGGCCUGAGUCUACGUGGAGAAAGCUUACGUUUGAAGACCGGCAGAAUGCACAGGCACUAGAGGAACUCAGAGCUAGAGACCUUGCCGCUCAUCUCUACAAUGCUUUUGCCUUACGGGUUAGGGCACGUGAGAUUGCACGGCAAGCGUUAGAGAGUGAUAAGCAGCUGGACGAAACGGAAGCUUUUGUCCCUUCGAAACGUUGGACAGCGUGGCCUGUACCGGCGACGGAAGUCCCUCGUGCAGGAGAGCAUCUUCGAAGACAAAUUGAUGAUGAAUGGACAUUGAGAAUGCCGCCGGAUCCUCGGCCCAGCGCGGAGCUGGAAGAGUCAAUUAUAGCAAUCAUGCUCAAGACUGCCAAGGAUCGGUUUCAGGCGAGAGACUGGACGACUAAAGGCGUCGGUUCAACUUCAAAGCGGAGGGCACGAUCUAUGUCCAGAACGAACGACGAAACCACCGGUAGAGAGAGUGAACGGGAAAGUGACGUCGACUCUACGGAUGCCAUCGAACUUCGUCCGGUAGUCCAAGCCGAUGAUGACAAAUCUCGACGACAGCUACGACCUCUUACGCGGAACAUACUUACCCGAUUCGACCAGCUAUUGAUGGGUCUGCACCAUGCUCGCAAAGGUGGAGUGGCGGGAGACGAUAGCUCUGCCAGUGAAUGGCAAAGUGACACGGAGAGUGUCGCUUCGAAUGCAUCUCAUUCCAGGAAAAGGCGCAAGGGCGAGAAGGGCGAGAAGGGAGAAAGGAGUCAGUCAAGAGGGCGCAAACGAACUCGCAGAUCCUCCAUGCGGGCCACAUCCACGACAGGCCGAUCUCGCAGCGUACUUGCGUCGAGCGCACGCACUGCCUCUCGUUCUCGUGGAAGGUCCUUUGAUAGUGAUCGCAGGCGAUCAGCCAGUCGCAUUCGUCGGGGACUUCGCGACUGGAGCGAAGUGUUAGGUAUUGCUUCCAUGAUAGGCCUGCCGCAUGCUGCGGUUAUGAGAACCGCUCGCAGAUGUGCGGCUCUUUUCAGCGAGGAUAUGGAAUUCCAGACCUUCAGGGAGGGUCAGCUACGGCAUUCGAAGGAGGGAUAUGUCAACAAAUGGGAGUAUGUCGAGGACGAGCCCGAUGAGCCAGAGCCAGAACCACAAAUUGAGUCUUCCCCUCCUAGUCGAGCUCAGUCUCGAAAAGCGCGCUCCCGUGCAGCGUCUACAGUUGGCUCAACUUCUCGUCCCGUGAGUCCAACAUCGGAGGCAGCUGGAAGCACGCCACGACUCAAAGGCAAAGGGCAGCAUCGCAAGCAGGACAUAGUGUGUCCCAUCAAGUCAUGUCCCCGCCAUAUCGAUGGUUUCACUCGGACAUGGAAUCUCAACUUGCAUAUGAAGCGAAUGCAUGCCGGAUACCGGUCCAGAAGCGCCAGUGUCAAGUCUUCAACCGCCAGGUCCCGCGCUCCGUCAGUGAGCGGUUAG